UGAUCACGCACGGAUGGCGACUUCAGGCGCUCUGUUUCCAAGCCUGGUGCCAGGCUCCCGUGGGUCCUCCAACAAGUAUUUGGUGGAGUUUCGGGCAGGAAAAAUGUCGUUAAAAGGAACAACUGUCACCCCAGACAAAAGAAAAGGGCUCGUGUACAUUCAGCAGACGGAUGACUCCCUCAUUCACUUCUGCUGGAAAGACAGGACGUCUGGGAAAGUGGAAGACGAUUUGAUCAUCUUCCCUGAUGACUGUGAGUUCAAGCACGUGCUGCAGUGCACCAGUGGAGGGUCCAAAUGGCUCUUCUUCUGGAUGCAGGAGCCUAAGGCGGACCAGGACGAGGAGCAGUGCCAGAAAGUCAACAAGUAUCUGAACAACCCACAGAUGCCCGGAGCACUGGGGGUGAGCGGGAGUGGAGGCCAUGAGCUGUCUGCACUGGGUGGCAAGGGCAGCCUGCAGAGCCUGCUGGGGAACAUGAGCCACAGCCAGCUCAUGCAGCUCAUCAGACCCACCGGCCUCAGAGGACUGGGUGGGCUGGGGGCCCUGACUGGCCCAGGCCUGGCCAGCUUACUGGGGAGUGGAGAGCCUCCGGUGAACAGCUCCUCAUCCAGUUCCCAGAGCCAGUCAGCAGUGGUGACCCCGUCCUCCACCGCCUCUUCUGCCCGAACCACCCCAGCCCCUUCUGCUCCAGCAGCUGCCUCGGUGACCAGCCCGAGUCCCAUGCCCAACCCAGGUAAUGGAACCAGCACGGGCCAGCCCAUCCAGCUGACCGACCUCCAGAGAAUUCUACCCACUAUGAAUGGGCCGGCCGGGCCAGGAGACAGCCAGCAAGUUGAAAUGGCCAGUGUCUUGACGCCCGAGAUCAUGGCACCUAUCCUCGCCAAUGCGGACAUCCAGGAGCGCCUGCUACCCUACCUGCCCUCUGGGAAGUCGCUUCCACAGACUGCAGAGGAGAUCGAGAACACGACCUCCCCACAGUUCCAGCAGGCCCUGGGAAUGUUCAGUGUGGCCUUGGCCUCAGGGCAGCUGGGCCCCCUCAUGUGCCAGUUUGGCCUGCCUGCAGAGGCUGUCAACAAGGGUGAUGUGGAAGCUUUUGCUAAAGCAAUGCAGAACAGUGCCAGAUCGGAGCAGAAGAAGGGCGAUGGGAAGGACAAGAAGGAGGAAGAGGAAGACAUGAGCUUAGAUUAAGUUAUUUGCUGUCUUUUAUGGGCGGGGCUCCUGGCUGUGUGGACAAGCAGUGUGUUUGUGGGCUGUCGCACACCCUCACACCUCUGUUCUAACUUGCUAAUAAAUAAAAGUUUUUUCUUUUA